AUGUCGGUUGACGAAGGCGCAGGCUGGACACCUCCAGCUGCCAACGUCACCACCCCAACCUCACUCAUCUUUUCCGAAAACAAAGGCAUGGUUUCGUUGGGGACUAUUCGCAAGUCAAAUCUCGAGGCCAGCAAUCUGGAGAACUUGGUAGCUGUGUUUGAAACACCUGAAGGAUUGGAUCACAAGAUGGCCGUUAAUUAUUACUCCCGGGUGCGCUUUACGCAGAAUCUCAUGCCGGAACUUACAACAGCUGGAAAGAACCAUGAGCUAUCACGCGUCUUAACUGUCCUUGCAGCAGGAUCAGAAGCCGACAUUGACAUGGACGAUAUGGACCUUCAAAAGAACUACACACUGCAUGCAUGCCUCUCGCACUGCGUAAUGAUGACAGAUUUCAUGAUGGAAGAAUUCGCCAAAAGAUAUCCGCAAACGUCCUUCAGUCAUUCCUAUCCCGGUACCGUCAAGUCUGGAAUCACGAAUCAACUCACUGGACCCAUCAGACUUGGUGUCAAAGUGCUCUAUUCGGUCAUGACACCAUGGAUCUUGAACUUCCGAGAAAGCGGCGAGAGACACCUGUUUCAGAUUACCAGUUCAAUGUACAAAGCCAAGGAGGGAGCUGCUGGUAUCCCACCGGAAGGUGGUUUGGAUAUUGCUGUUGGAUUGACCGUCACAGCACUGAGUGCAGCUUUUAUCGAAUUCAACAACAAUAAUGCCGUGGAAGAAGAUGCCGCCAAAGAUGAAGAUAAUGCAGACGACGGAGAUCUGCUUUUCUCAUUAAAACCACCUGGUGCCAACUCGACUGCGACUUCACAAGCUUCGGAUCCACAACAUCUUGAAAAACUUUGGACCUGGCUCGUCGACCAUCCUGAUGUUACCGUCAAUGAAACUGCCUCUGCUACGGAUGAUCCAUAUGGACGUUCGACUGAAGUCGAUCCCUCAAAUCCGCUUGCUCCAGUCUUUGCUGCUCAUGCCAAGGAGAGAUUGUACACCACCGAGCAUCGAAUCUGGCAUGCUCUUACCGAUCAUGAUGUUGACUGGAAGCGCAUUCCGAAACUCGAGUUUCACUGUCUUCAAGUCAUCGCUGCGGCCGGUCGUGAAGGCGUCCUCCAACCGGACGUGACCAGAAUCACAGGACAAGACAAACGCUCAGUGCCGAAACGUACCGAUUCACUUGCCACCAAAGGGUAUAUCACCAAGGAAAUGUGCUUAGGUGGUGGUAUCAAAACCAGUUUGCUUCGUCUCAAGAAAUUGGUGCUUGAACCCACUUCAACAUUCUACACCAUCAAGGCAAAGGCUGGCAAAGGGGAAGGCAGUACUCGUCGCAUGAUCAACUAUGAGCAAUGGUUCAGUGAAGUCAUGACCACUCUGAAGAAGCAUGACGGUCUCAUUGCAUAUGAAGACUUGCGCAAAGAGAUGGGCAUUCAUGGAUCGCGUUGGGAGACCAGAGCUCUUCACCGAUGUAUCAAGAGACUGGAAAAAGCCGGAUGUGUUCAGAGACUUCGCGCUCGCCUCGAAGGUGCACGUCCUAGACAGGCAAAGAAGCAAGCUGAAGGAGUCACACCAGCUUAUGAACAUCGCUAUGAGAUCGAUCCCGAGGCCCCUACCGAGAAGGUCGAUGCCGAGAAGACUGAACACGACCCUGAGAAUGUGUUUUGGGUUCGAUGCAUCAAACUGAUGCGUGAGCCUGUUGAGAAAGACUUGGAAGCUUUCACGUCUACUAUCAAGUCUGGCAAGGUUGGUAAAGCUGUUGAGGAUCAGGAGUCCGAUGCGGAAGCCGAUGCCGAUGAAGAUGAUGACUAUGUCGAAAUCGAUGCUGCUGCCUUGGACGGACUGGGAAAGAUGACCGAGCUUACUAGGCGUAAGAUGGUUGACAAUGGCGAGGCUAACUGGGAAGCAAUCGAUGUCAAACCCUCGGAGAUACAGAGAAAGCCUGAUCUUGAUGAUUGGGGCUUUCCCAAGGUCAAGCCAUCCACUAUGGUCGGUCAUGAUGGCACGCACAACAUGGCUGCCUGCAAAAGCGUUCUUGUCAGGUCCAAGUCAAAACCGAAGAGACCUAUGUGGGAGAAGAAAGCAGCUACUCCCGCUGAAGUGCCUUCAUCGGCCGCACAGCCAGCUCAAUCAGUCGAAGACAGAGAUGAAGCCACUCCUGCUACUACACGCCCAUCAACAACGAAGAAGAAGGUGUACAAAGUCAUGUUCAAGAUGAACCCCAAACGUGUUGAAGCCGAGCUCAAAGAGUGGAAAGUCAGAUCGCAGAAGCUUGCCGUCUCGAAGGCCAAAGCAGAGCUUGGAUUGGACGUCAAGACAGAUGUGCCCCAGCCGAAGAAGCCAUCUGAAGAAGCAACACAUGCCGAAUCAUCGUCAAUGAAUGAGCAGCUCGGACAACAAACUGGUCAAGAUGGCAACGCAGGAUCAAACCAAUCACUUGAUCAACCCGAGAUGCAAGCGUCCACAUCAACUGAUGCUACUCUUACUGAGAAGAUGCCAAACUCGGAGUUGGACAAGCGUGUGGCUGAGAUUGAACUCGAAAUCUUGAACAUGGCCAAACCUGGUGUCUAUAUCAACCCUCCAGGUUCUGGCCAGUUGAAGAACGAUGUAGUUCAACCAAAAGGACGCCCUUCGAGAUAUCUCAUCGGAGUCUUCAAGUCUGAGAAGUUGAAGACUCUUCCUUGGUUUACUGAGGAGGACUCGGAUCGUCUCUCUUCACAAGCUGCAACUCCCGAACCGAGCCUUGCUGGCUCACAGCCUGCCACACCUACUUCCGGAGCUGUUGACAGGCAAAGUGAAUCAGCUCAAACAGAUGAUAUCCCUCUCAACUCGACAACUCCAGCUCCAGCAGAGUCUCCCAUGCCUACAGAGCUCGGAAAGCCCAAGGAAGAGAUUAUCAUCAAGAGAGGCAGAAGAAUUCAGGUACAGAGGCAGGGUAAGCGAAAGGCCUACGAGCCGCUGCGACACAAGGUCGCGAAAAAGCUUGCUGUCGAACAGGCCGUCGAUGAUGGCAAGUGGAGACCUUUGACUGAGCUCGAGGCCUACAAUUCACAACUCAUGGAGUCACCUCCAAGCACACCUUCGUCAUCAAGGAGAGCAGUACCCAUUCCCGAGACACCGUCUUCUGCUGUCUCUCAGUUGUCCUUUGAUACUCCUGAAUCUGUUGCAGGCUCAUCCGAUAUCUCCCCUGAGGAUAUCACUGCAGUAGAUUUACUUCUUCAAAGAGCUGACAGUCUACCAUACGAGCCAGAAGAAGGAUCAGAAGCUGCGACAGAGGAGCGCCAAGCCUCGACUGGUGCUGCGGACAGUGAUGUGCAGAUGGAAGAUGCAGAUGCAGCAGAAAACGUCGAACAGGAAACGUCUGCGUCAGCGACACCAGCUCAAUCUGCCGCACAAGAACCUGAAGUCUCACAAGUGCAGGCUGUUGAACCCAAGCAAGCGCAAUCCACACAUGUCACAGACUCACAAAAGAUCUUGGCACCAUUCUUCCGAAGAGCUUCCAAACGUCCCGACGCGCCGGCCCCUCCUGUCGAAGAGGUAGCUGAGAGUGCAGGCUCACCUAGCACACCUGCACCGUACAACCCAUUCGCCAAGAUUGAGCCCAAGACAGCCGCCACAGCAGCUCGCUUUGCCUCUCGUGCCAAAGCUCCCCAAAAGGUCGGUGUUGGUCGUUCUGGAGGCAUUGUCAGCUACAAUCGUAACAGAGUGCUUCUGGAGAUUGUACACCAGAAUGGUGGCAUAUUCGGUGGCGAUAGAGAACUUUACUAUCCUUUCGUUACAGUUUGGGACAGGGAGUUUCAACGUCGACCCGAUCGUCAUACCCUUGACAGAGUCCUUGCUGGACUGAUUGAAGAGGGUAGACUGAAGAGGGAACCCUUUUCGUUCUCGGCAUCUGACGGGAAGAUUUUUACCAAAACAUUGGUUAUGGAACCACACAUCGAUCCGGACGGUCCAGAGGCACAGGCACUGAAGCAGAAGAUCAUCGAGUGUCAUCCUAUGACAUAUGUCCCCGAAGGCAUCGAAGUUCUGCCUGAGCUCCGUCUUCGUAUCGAACACGAUCUGAGAGGUGGCAAGGGCAUACCAGAUGUUCACAAUCCCAACAGCUCUUUCAUCUAUGACCCUACUGCUGUCGUUACUCGUAUUGCAGGUCCACAAAAGGUUCAACUCGGCAUGACAGAAGCCAGAAUGAAGAAGGGUGUGACAGCCAGAAGACACAGACGUGAAGAGGAAGAGAGACGACAACAGAGAUACAUUCAAGCACAGAUGGAAGAAGAUAUUGAUAAUGCUGUGGCCGCCCUGACAACAGACUUCCAACUGGACUCUUACCAACACGAUCCAUCCAGAGCGAUCGUCGACAGAGGUCCGCGUGGUCGUGGAAGACUUGCCAAAUUGCAACGCUGGGGUCCAGAAGAGCAGAUCAUUCCAAGACGUGCUCUUGGUCUGCUCACGACUACCGGAAGAGAUGAUCAACUCGAAGCCGAACAAAACAGCCGUGACGCAGUCGCAGCCGCUGACUUUGGUGUGCUGAAACCUCAAUUGAUCCCCACGAUCCCGUCGAGAGAAGUGCCUACUGCGCCAAAGGUCCGCUUCGACAUUCCUCAUGAACCUUCUCUUGUGCAGAUGUUGCAACAGAAGCAAUCAGGCACAUUUAGCGUUAUUGACGCUUUGUCCAUGACUGCUCCUUACCAAAGAUUUCAUCGUCAAUCAGGCACUUUCUCGACUGAUCCUGUUGUUAUUACCACAUCCAGUCAACACUCACAAUAUGGCUUUGUUGGCCAGCAGAUGCAGAUUCCGAGGUCCCUUGCAGACAUCUUUAAGCAAGCUGGAGAAGAGGCUUCCUUGCUUGAACUGCCCACAGAGAGUCCUCAUGUUGGUUACGAGAUACCACGAUUUGCAGCUGUCGGAGUUACCAGACUUCCAAGACUGCACUCCGCAAGACCACGUCCAGCACCAAGACCUCAACCUGAAUACAGAUCUUAUGGUGCCAAGGCAAUCUUGCCACGUUCGAGCAGGACUGGUAUCUUCUCCAUGUCUGAAAAGGAGGAACAGCGACUUAUCUAUGCUGUCGUGGUUGUCAAGACUCUUACUGGAGGUCUGGAGCAAAUUGUCAAUUGGGGUCUUGUCCAUCAAGUCUUCCACUAUAAAUUCGAUCCCAACUACUGUCGUCAUCGUUGGGUCUUCCUCAGACCCAAGCUUGGUGGUACAGCGGACAAACUGCAAGUCGAGUUUCAAAAGUUGUUCCUCGAAGCUUACGAAAGUGGCGAGAUACCUGGCAUUGACUUUGUGGAGCCAGAAAAGUAUGACUGGCUAGGCAUUGUCGAAUGGGCUGAAAGAAGACUGUCCCAGACAAAUCCCCUCAAUGGACUGCCAGAGCUGCCUAAGAGUAGACAAACUCUAGACAAGCGCUUCGACGUCAGACAUGCUACUGAGGUGUAUAACAUUCCUCGAGAAGACUUCUGGGUCGCCAACGUCACACAUCUCCGCAGAGAAGAGUUGGCAAACAGUUGGACAUUCGCUCGUCCGCUUGCCGGAGCCACCGAGCCUGUGCAAGAUGAUGACGAUCUCAUGCUCGCCUUGUCGUGGGUCCGCGCCAAUGUCAUCACUCCAGAUCCGGUCUACGAUAGCAACAAAGCACACGAGAAGCUCAUUAAGAUUGAGCAACUUCUUCCGCAAGCACUCGACCAUCUGCUCGGAGCCAAAAUUAUUCGUAUGGAGAAUAAGGGCCGGCAGAUUCCUGGACGUAACUACGACAUUUCGGAUUCGGUCUUGACAAUGUUCAAGCGUCAAUGGGAUGUCCGCUACCUCAAAAAGACUGCUGCAUUCAAGAAGACUAUUGAUGAGGCGUUUGCUAAUGAUGGUAAACUGACUAUCAGUUAUCAAGCUACCGAUGCUGAGAUGACUGCUAUGACGAACUUGGUUGCUGCUGGUCGUGCCAAGGUUGUGCCUCUUCUGCCAGAGGUUAAUCAUACUAUGGGUGCUCCCUACCCUCGUCUCACCAAAUGGGGCUUCACAGAAGGCAACUACAAGACAGUCCACAUGGACAAGUCGCGCCUGCACUUCCUGCUCGAACUGCACCCCACAUCCACAUAUGUCUCAGGCAUACCAAUCGCGCCCAUUCCUUCACCUCCUCUCUCCAAACAAUUCCCUGGUGAACUCGGCCCUCGUCUGCCUAUCUGGACUGAUAUCCACGGUAACGUCAUCAAGGACUACUGGCAGAUGACCGUGAUGGCCACUCUCUGGCUCUUGGCCUUCCGCCCCGGCCUCAAAAUCGAGGAAAUCUGCAAGAGCGCAUACAAAGGCAAGCUCUGGGAGUGGGAGAUGGAAAUGUUCUUGGCGUGGGCGGAGAGUGCUGGUUUGGCUAAGAGAUUGAGAUAUGGUGGUGACGAUGGUCCAGAGGCUGAUGGAUGGGUUGUUCAGGAGUGGUGGUGGUUGGCUUUUGCUACUGAUUGA